CUGAUCAUCUGAUCGUUGGCCUCCAGUAACCUCUGGAGCAGGGGAAAACCGAGCUCAUCUUCAUCCCUUCACGUCUGGAUCACUCGAGGGUUCUUCCUGGCAAUGGACGUGCUGCGAGCCGCCGCCGAGGAGGUCUCGACUUCGUCCACGAAGCUGCGGAUUCAGAUCUUUCGCCAAAGAUUGACUCCUAUUUUGCAAGAUACAAGUGAUUUAUCAGAUGGAGUUGCAUCUUUAUUGGUGGACAUUAUUUUCCAAACUUUGCCUAUUUAUGAUGAUCGACAUUCGACAAUUGCUGUUGAUGAUUUGAUAGUUAAGGGUUUAGGUGAAGCUAUCUUCAUGAAGUAUUUUGCGACAUCACUUAUACAGUCUAUGGAAAAGCAUGUAAAGAUUUAUAGCCCUGUUGGAUGUUACAAGCUUCUCAAAUGGUCAUUCCUUCUCUUGAGAUGGAGUCAGUUUGCCUCUGCCUCUAAAAAUGGUUUUUCAAGACUUGUCUGUGCACAAGCAUCUUUAUGCCAGAUCCUUAUGCAAGGAUCUUACCACUUACGUGGAGCUUGCAAAAAGUUGUUUGUACAUCUCUUCACUGAGUUUCCGAAUAUGUAUAAGGCCUAUAUUGAAGAGCUUAAGGAUACAAGAAUUCCUGGGAGAGAUGGUGCUCAUCUUAUUGGAAUAUUAGUUGAUUUUUCAACUACAAAUACUUCUUUGUUGGAUGAGUACAAGUUGAUAUUUCUUGAAUUCUAUAUCAAAGUAGUGCUAAAUUCCAAGGAGAAGCCAUCAAUAGCACUUUCAGAAGCUUUUCGACCACUUUUCACCCUAAUUGGCCAUGAAGAUUUCAAAACUCUCUUGGUUCCUGCUUCCCUUAAAAUGCUAAAGCGCAACCCAGAACUGGUAAUGGAGUCUAUAGCGGACCUGCUUGAAUCAGUCAAUCUUGAUUUGAGUAAAUAUGCAAUUGAGUUCAUUUCAAUUCUCCUGCCACAAGCUCGGCAUGCUGAUGAAGAGAGGAGGGUUAAGGCUUUAACGGUUAUAGGCUGCCUGAGUCAAAAGUCAAGUGACCCAGAUGCGGUAUCUGCAAUCUUCAAUGCCAUCAAAGCCAUUUUAGGAGGCUCAGAGGGAAAGCUGACACUCCCUUCCCAGAGAACUGGUAUGGUGUAUGCUUUGAGAGAAUUGUCAAGGAACCCUUGCGGAAAGUCUUUGAGUAAAUUGGUGCCAUCCAUAACUAGCUUCCUCUUGUCAUUUUACAAAGAUGAUGGAAGUGAGGAAGUAAAGUUGGCAGUCUUGUCUGCUCUAGCAUCCUGGGUAUCAAAAACUGCUGAAGCUGUUCAAGCGGAUCUUGUUUCUUUUAUUGGUGCAGGUUUGAAAGAGAAGGAAACCUUAAGAAAGGGGCAUCUUAAAUGUUUGCAAAUUGUUUGCAAGAAUUCCGAGUCAUUAACAAGGGUGUCAUCUUUACUGGACCCUCUUGUUCAGUUAGUUAAAUCUGGAUUUACAAAAGCAUCACAGAGGUUGGAUGGGAUUUAUGCCCUGUAUGCUGUAGCUAAAAUUGCCUCAGCUGACCCCAGAGCAGAGGAGGUUCUCCAGAAGGAAAAGGUUUGGAUGGUGAUUGCUCAGAAUGAGUCUACAUUUAUUCCUCUAAAUAUGGUUCUAAAGCUACCAAUUGAGGAUUGCCUAGCAUGCAUUGAUCUUCUCGAAGUGCUGCUUAUCGAACAUGUAAACAGAGUGCUAGACACCUUGUCGGUAAAAUCCAUGUUUCAGUUAUUACUUUAUAUGCUUUGCCAUCCAAGUUGGGAUGUUCGUAGAGUUGCUCGUGAGACUACCAGGAAGAUCAGCUCUGCAUCUUCUAUUUUAUUAGAGGACCUCUUUCUUGAGUUUUCAAGUUGGUUGUCAGUUCUUGGGGAACGGAUCUUUCUCUCUAAAGCAAGUGACAUGGACGGUGCUUUUGAUGCUCAGGUUCCUUUUCUUCCUUCUACCGAGGUAUUAGUGAAGUGCUUGUUUUUGAUUGCACCUGCUGCUCUGGCUAGUAGCCAAAGGAUUUGUUCCCGGCUUAUUUUGUGCUCUCACCAUCCCUGCAUAGCUAGCACUGGUCGCAGGCGCACAGUGUGGAAGAGGCUUCAAAGAAAUUUGUUGAGGAGUGGGCAUGAUAUUAUUGAUAUAAUAGCAGCGAAGGUGGAUACUAUUUGCAAGGAUUUAAUAGGGCCUUUGGGGCUAAUGAGCCCCAAUCCUAUGGAGCAGUGUGCAGCCUUGAGUUCAUUAUCAACUUUGAUGUCGAUAACACCGGACAACUUGUUCUUGGCAUUUGAAAAACACUUUAACAAGCUUCCUGAAUGUUUUUUGCAUGACACACUUUCAGAAAAUGAUAUUAAGAUCUUUUUUACUCCAGAAGGACAACUAUCAAGUGAGCAAGGUGUUUAUGUCGCGGAAGCUGUUGUGGCAAAAAACACAAAACUUCCUAAAGGUAGAUUUCGGCUUUAUGAUGACCAAGAUAGUAUGGAUGGUGUUACAUCAAGUCUUCCUACAAAGGACCAGAAUAAAAGAGAAUCUACUGGCUUGGGGAAAAAGGACACGAAUAAGGCUACAAAGAAACCUGAGAAGGCUAAAACUGCAAAAGAGGAGGCAAGAGAAUUGCUCCUAAAGGAGGAGUCGAUUAUUCAUGAGAGAGUCAGUUUGUUACAAAAGAAUCUUUCUAUAAUGCUUAAGGCUCUUGGUGAAAUGGCCAUUGCCAACCCAGUUUUUACACAUGGUCAGCUUCCUUCAAUGGUUAAGUAUGUAGAUCCUUUAUUGAGUUCAGCCAUUGUAAGUGAUGCUGCAUAUGGCACCAUGCUGCAGUUGUCCAGGUGCUUAGCUCCUCCUCUGUGUAACUGGGCUCCUGAAAUUGCAGCUGCUUUACGUAUUAUAUCGACCAAAGAUGUGAAUAUGGUGUGUGAGAUGAUUCCACCUGUUGUUGAUGGGGAAGUAAGCAAAAAACCACCAUUAGGUCUGUUUGAACAAGUAGUUAGAGGUUUGUCAAUAUCCUGCAAAAGUGGACCUCUACCGGCAGAUUCCUUUACGUUCAUUUUUCCGAUUUUGGGACAGAUACUGCUUUCAUCAAAAAAGACAGCUCUUCAUGAUGAUGUACUACAGAUACUUUCUCUGCACCUGGAUCCGAUACUUCCUCUUCCUAGAUCCCAGAUGCUAUCAGUUCUGUACCAUGUACUCGGUGUUGUUCCAGCUUAUCAAUCCUUGGUGGGACCGAUGUUAAAUGAAUUGUGUUUAGGUCUGCAAGCUGAUGAAGUGGCACAAGCUCUUUCUGGAAUUUAUGCAAAAGAUGUUCAUGUGAGGCUUGCAUGUCUAAAUGCCAUAAAAUGCAUUCCUGCUGUUGCUGGCCAUUCUCUACCUCAGAAUCUUGAGGUUGGGACACAUAUUUGGAUCGCCUUACAUGACCCAGAUAAGGCUGUUGUAGAAGUGGCAGAAGAUAUAUGGGACCGGUAUGGUUCUGAUUUUGGAACUGACUAUUCUGGUCUUUUCAAUGUACUUUCACAUACCAACUUCAAUGUGCGGAUGGCUGCUGGAGAGGCAUUAGCUGCAGCUCUGGAUGAAAACCCAGAAACUGUGCAAGAAACACUUUCUACUUUGUUUUCUUUGUAUAUUCGGGAUCUUGGCAGUGGGAUGGAUGUAGCAGAUUCUUGUUGGUUAGGACGACAAGGCAUAGCUUUGGCACUUCUCUCUGCUUCUGAUGUGUUGAGAACUAAAGAUCUUCCUGUUGUUAUGACAUUUCUGAUCUCACGUGCCCUAGCAGACCCAAACCUGGAUGUUCGUAGCAGAAUGAUAAAUGCUGGGAUCAUGAUUAUUGACAAGCAUGGGAAAGAAAAUGUCCCCUUGCUGUUUCCAAUUUUUGAAAGUUACUUGCAAAAAAAAGCUUCGGACGAAGAAAAAUAUGACUUGGUCAGAGAGGGUGUUGUUAUAUUUACCGGAGCCCUUGCUAAACAUUUAUCCAAGGAUGAUCCUAAAAUACAUGCUGUUGUUGAGAAGUUGUUGGAUGUUUUGAACACUCCUUCAGAGGCAGUUCAACGAGCUGUCUCUGACUGUCUAUCUCCAUUAAUGAUUUCAAAGAAGGAAGAUGGCCAAACUCUUGUUUCUGGACUUUUGAAUCGGUUAAUGAAAAGUGACAAGUAUGGAGAGCGGCGUGGGGCAGCAUUUGGCCUAGCUGGAGUUGUAAAAGGCUUUGGAAUAUCUUGCCUUAAAAAGUAUGGCAUUACCACUGUGUUGAGGGAAGGUUUGGAGGACAGAAAUUCUGCAAAAUCACGCGAGGGGGCUUUACUUGCGUUUGAAUGUCUCUGUGAAAAGCUUGGGAGGUUAUUUGAACCAUAUGUGAUCCAAAUGUUACCGUUGCUUCUGGUUUCUUUCUCUGAUCAAGUUGCUGCUGUACGUGAAGCUGCUGAGUGCGCUGCUCGUGCAAUGAUGUCAAAAAUGACUGGUUAUGGAGUGAAACUUAUCCUUCCAUCACUUCUUAAGGGUUUGGAGGAUAAAGCAUGGCGGACUAAGCAAAGUAGUGUUCAGCUGCUUGGAGCUAUGGCAUAUUGUGCUCCUCAGCAACUUUCUCAGUGCCUGCCCAAAAUUGUUCCUAAAUUAACAGAGGUUCUGACUGAUACACACCCAAAGGUUCAAUCUGCAGGUCAAACAUCGCUGCAGCAGGUUGGUAGUGUGAUAAAAAACCCUGAGAUAUCUGCCCUUGUUCCCACUCUUUUGAUGGCUCUCACUGAUCCUAAUGAGCACACGAAACAUUCUCUUGACAUUCUUCUUCAAACUACUUUUAUCAAUUCAAUUGAUGCUCCUUCAUUGGCGUUAUUGGUGCCUAUCGUUCACAGAGGCCUAAGAGAAAGGAGUGCUGAUACCAAGAAAAAGGCAGCACAGAUUGUUGGCAAUAUGUGUUCCUUAGUAACUGAACCCAAGGACAUGGUUCCAUAUAUUGGAUUAUUACUUCCAGAAGUGAAAAAGGUUCUAGUGGACCCUAUACCAGAAGUUAGGUCUGUUGCAGCCAGGGCCCUUGGAUCUCUAAUUAGGGGAAUGGGAGAAGAGAACUUUCCGGAACUUGUGCCCUGGCUGUUGGAGACGCUCAAGUCUGAUAACAGUAACGUUGAGCGAUCUGGAGCUGCGCAAGGAUUAAGUGAGGUUUUAGCUGCUCUUGGUAAAGAGUAUUUCGAUCACAUCCUUCCUGAUAUCAUCCGGAAUUGUUCUCACCAAAGGGCAUCCGUGCGGGAUGGGCAUUUGACACUUUUUAAGUAUUUGCCAAGGUCGCAAGGCAUCAUGUUCCAGAAUUACCUACAGCAAGUGUUGCCAGCCAUAUUAGAUGGGCUUGCUGAUGAAAACGAAUCUGUUCGUGAUGCGGCACUCAGCGCAGGCCAUGUUUUUGUUGAACAUUACGCAACUACUUCUCUUCCUCUCCUACUACCUGCUGUCGAAGAUGGCAUUUUUAAUGACAACUGGCGCAUUCGACAAAGCUCAGUUGAACUUCUUGGUGACCUUCUUUUCAAGGUUGCUGGAACAUCAGGAAAGGCAUUACUGGAAGGUGGCAGUGAUGAUGAAGGUGCCAGCACUGAAGCUCAUGGACGAGCUAUUAUUGAAGUAUUGGGCAGGGAUAAGCGCAAUGAGGUUCUUGCUGCUCUUUAUAUGGUUCGUACCGAUGUCAGUUUGUCCGUACGGCAGGCUGCUUUGCAUGUCUGGAAGACCAUUGUAGCCAACACUCCCAAGACCCUUAAGGAAAUAAUGCCAGUUUUAAUGAACACCCUAAUCUCUUCUCUGGCCUCAACAUCCUCAGAAAGACGGCAGGUUGCGGGGAGAUCUCUUGGUGAGCUUGUUAGGAAGCUUGGUGAAAGAGUCCUACCCUCCAUCAUUCCAAUUCUGGCGAAAGGACUUAAAGAUCCCAAUAUGAGCAGAAGACAAGGUGUGUGUAUUGGUCUAAGUGAAGUGAUGGCAAGCGCUGGUAAGCACCAAUUGCUGAAUUUCAUGGAACAGCUCAUACCUACGAUACGUACAGCCCUUUGUGAUAGCUCGGCAGAAGUUCGUGAAUCUGCUGGUGUAGCAUUUAGUACUCUAUACAAGACUGCUGGCAUGCAAGCAAUCGAUGAAAUUGUCCCUACUCUCCUGCGCUCAUUGGAAGAUGAUAAGACAUCAGAGACUGCUCUUGAUGGAUUAAAGCAAAUACUAAGUGUCAGGACAGCUGCAGUGUUGCCCCAUAUCUUGCCCAAACUGGUCCAUCCUCCAAUUUCUGCCUUCAAUGCCCAUGCUUUAGGAGCCUUAGCGGAGGUUGCAGGGGCUGGUUUAAAUUCUCAUGUUGGAACAAUUCUUCCAGCUUUGCUAAUUGCUAUGGGUGAAGAUGAUGUGAACCUACGAAACUCUGCAAAGAAGGCUGCUGAAACUGUUGUUUUGGUGAUUGAUGAGGAAGGCGUAGAGUCCUUGAUUGCAGAACUUCUUAAAGGAGCUGGAGAUGGCCAGGCUCUCAUGAGAAGAGGUUCUGCCUACCUGAUAGGAUACCUUUUCAGAAACAGCAAACUAUACCUGGUGGAUGAGGCCCCUGACAUGAUCUCAACACUGAUCGGUUUGUUGAGUGAUACUGAUUCUGCCUCUGUGAUGGCUGCUUGGGAAGCUUUAGGAAGGGUUGUUGGAUCAGUUCCAAAAGAGGUCUUGCCUUCAUAUAUCAAAGUUGUUCGUGAUGCGGUCUCUACAGCCAGAGAUAAGGAACGAAGAAAAAGAAAGGGUGGAUCAAUCCGUAUACCCGGCUUGUGUCUUCCUAAAGCUCUUCAACCUUUGCUUCCAAUUUUUCUCCAGGGGCUAAUUAGUGGUUCGGCUGAAACAAAAGAGCAAGCGGCUGAGGGUUUGGGGGAAUUAAUUGAUGUGACUAGUGAACAAACUCUGAAAGACUUUGUUGUUCCCAUCACAGGGCCUCUCAUUCGGAUCUUGGGAGAUAGGUUUGCUUGGCAAGUUAAAGCAGCUAUCUUGUCAACAUUAUCCAUCCUAAUAAGCAAAGGAGGGAUUACCCUAAAGCCAUUUCUUCCACAGCUUCAAACUACAUUCAUCAAAUGCCUGCAGGAUAAUGCAAGGACGGUUCGCACAAGCUCUGCGCUUGCUCUGGGGAAGCUUAGUGCUCUAAGUACUCGGGUCGAUCCUUUAGCCGGUGACCUCCUUUCUGCUUUGCAGGCUUCGGAUGGUGGUGUCAGGGAGGCUGUGUUAACUGCUCUUAAGGGUGUUGUUAAGCAUGCAGGGAAGGGUGUAAGCAGUGCAGUUAGAUCGCGGCUAUGUAUUGUCCUCAAAGGUUUGUUACAGCUUGAUGAUGAAGGAGUGCAAAUUUCCACAGCAAAAGUGAUGGGAACUCUGUCCCAGUACAUGGACGAUAGCGAGCUCUUGGAUCUUCUUCAGACACUGUCUGACUGGAGUGCUUCACCGCUCUGGUACAUUAGGCAUGGGGCUAUGCUUAUGUUUGCGUCAAUGGCAGUGCACAGCGCAUCAAAGAUAGGCCAAUCUUCAAUGUUUCCUUCCCUUAUAAAUCAUUUAAGAGAUGCUUUGAAAGAUGAUAAGUUUCCUAUUCGUGAAACUGCUACGAAGGUGUUGGGAAGGCUUUUACUGUGUCAGGUCCAAACUCAAGCUAAUGCAAAUGCAUCAGCGGAGAUUCUUCAGUUACUUCUGUCGGCUGUCAAGGAUGAAUCUAGUGAAGUCAGGAAGCGAUCUCUAUCAUGUCUGAGAUCUGUAGCAAAGGUGAACACUUCGUUUGUUACAAAUAAUCUAUUGAUCUUGGGCCCUGCUAUUGCGGAUUGCUUGAAGGAUGGGAAUACCCCUGUACGACUUGCUGCUGAACGUUGUGCACUGCAUGUUUUCCAGCUGACAAAAGGUGCAGAUCAUGUUCAAGCUGCACAAAAGUACAUCACAGGCUUGGAUGCAAGAAGACUUUCAAAAUUCUCUGAGAACAGUGAUGAUAGUGGGAAUAGCGAUGAUGAUGCAGCAAAUACAUGAAACAUCAAGCACACCUUUGCUUUACAGAUUUAUGCCGUAUGAUCGGCCAUCACACAGAUUGGAAGUCACAGAACAACAGACUUAAUAUUUUUUUUUUUUAACUCUUCAGUUUUCCAUCCAUAGGCAAAGAUCACGAAAGAGUUUCAGGGGGCACCCAAAAUUUAUGGCAACAAAGAGUUUGUUUUUUCACUUUACGUGGGACCUAUAUUUAAGUUUUAAUCCAAUUAUCUGAAAAGAGGGGAUCUCUUCCCUUUGUAAAGAUUAUAGUUGUCUUCCAGUUUUGUACCAUGUACUUAUACGUGGGUGGGAUUGAUUGAACAAGUUGGAAUUUCUCUGUUCACGUUGGUUCAUUAUGUGCUUCAUUGAUGGUUUUGUUUUAGACGUUUUGAAUUGUAGUCUAGUUUUGUACAAGUGAAUUGUAGUCUAUGAUAUAAUCGUCAUCGCUUAUCUCAUCAAUUUAUUUAAUUCUCAGA